CCGAAACGCCAGAGGCAGCGCCGCCGCGUGAUGACACCCAAGCCUGGCCGGGCCCGGAAGUUGUUCCCAGGGCCGGAAGCUGCCUCACCGCAGGAACAUCCUUCAUGGACUAUAGAGUGCGAGACAUUCGGAAUAGAGCCGUCAGAACGGAAGCCGGAAGUGCUAUCGAACGGGCCCCAGCGCCCCGGUUGCCAUAGCGAUCACUUCCUGGUCCACGUAGAUUCUGCGAUGGCGGGCUCGGAGGCGGCGGCACCGGGCAGCGGAGCGGACGUGGAGGAGGCGAGCCUGCUGGCCUGGCUGUUUCGCGCGUCGCCCUCAGGGGUGCCGGCGGGGGACGCGGAGCUGCCGACCUACCUAGCGGGGCUGUCUGGGCUGGGCCUCGAGGCGCUGCGGCGGGAGCCCGGGCGGCUGGCGGAGGAGCGGGCGCAGCUGGGGGCGCAGACGCGGGCCUUGGCCUUCGCGCACUACAAGACCUUCAUCCGCUCGGCCGAGUGCACCGCUGAGACCCGCCGCGGCUUCGGCGGCAUCGAGCAAGGCCUGGGCCGCCUGCUGGACCGCCUGCCCCCCUUCGCCGAGGCCUGCCGGGGCUUCAUGCGCCACGCCGAGCAGAUCGCGCACAGCCGCCGGAUGAACAACGUGACACUGAACCGCCACACGGAGAUCCUGGAGGUGCUGGAGAUCCCGCAGUUGAUGGACACCUGUGUCCGCAACAGCUACUACGAGGAGGCGCUGGAGCUCAUCUCCUACGUCCGCCGCCUGGAGAAGAAGCACGCCGGCCUCCCCGUAAUCCAGGGCAUAGUGGCUGAGGUGCGUCAGUCCACACAGCACAUGCUUACUCAACUGAUCCAGCAGUUACGCACCAACAUCCAGCUACCCGCUUGUUUGCGUGUCAUUGGCUACCUGCGCUGCAUGGAUGUGUUCACAGAGGCUGAACUGCGCAUCACAUUCCUGCAAGCAAGAGACUUCUGGCUGCGCUCCAUCCUUGCGGCUGUUCCUGAUGAUGACCCCUAUGUGCACAUCACAAAAACGAUAGAGGCCUGCCGCGUGCAUCUCUUUGACAUUGUCACGCAGUAUCGUGCCAUAUUUGCAGAUGAAGAGCCGCUGGUGCUGCCCCUGGGGAAGGACACCUUCAAUGAGAGUGCCAUCUUCCACGGGUGGGUGCUGCAGAAAGUGUCCCAGUUUUUGCUGAUUCUUGAGCAAGACUUACAGCGUGGUGUGGGCAAUCACCUUGACUCUUUGCUGGGCCAGUGCAUGUACUUUGGCCUGUCCUUCAGCCGGGUAGGGGCGGACUUCCGGGGCCAGCUUGUUCCCAUUUUUCAGCGUGUGGUGCUCCUUACCUUCAAGAAAGCUAUGCAGGAGGUCACAGACCAGUUCCAAGAAGAGAUGAACUCCUACACAUUGAUCUCUACGCCGGCUCUCCUGGGCAGUGCCAUCUCUGUGCCAAUGCCUUCUGCCCAGCCAGGCACCUUGCAGCCCCCUCUGGUGCUACUAGACUUUCCCCCCCUUGCCCACUUGCUCAACAACAUCCUGAUGGCCUUCAAUGAUUUGCAUCUCUGCUGUCCUGUCGCUCUGACCUCAGUUGUGGCAGCUCUGUUGGAGGACGUGCUCAGCCAGGUUGUAAAGAUCAUCCUGGCUUUCCAUCGGGCAGAGGCAGCAGCAUUCAGCAGUCAAGAGCAAGAGCUGUUUGUUCACUUCUGCACAGCAUUCCUGGAAGACUUGGUGCCAUACCUCAACCGCUGUCUCCAGCUUCUCUUCCCUCUAGCCCAAAUUGCACAGAUUCUGGGACUAAACGAGGCUGGAGAGGAGGCCACGUGGCAAGCCAGAGGCUUCGCAGCACGCAUCGUUCAGCACGAGAUGGAUCACAUAAAGGGGAUCCUCUACAUCGACAAAAUGGAGAGCAGGAGUUUCACCUGCUUGCAUUGGGCCAAGGUCAACCGAUGAGUGCAUCCUUUUAAGCCAGGGAGGUAGCUGCUUCACCAGUGGGGUGCUCACUUGCUAAAAGCAGCAGCCUAGCUUUUGCUGCCUUGCAGGACUUGAACUUGCUGUGAAUGUUAACUAGUUAUUUCUGUGUAAACUCAGUUAAAAAAUAAGUAUGUUGUAAGCCUUCA